GUGUCAGUUCCGCAUAAGUACCUGUGUAUAUAUAUCACUGUUCUCAGUUGGAAAUCAAAAAUCAGAAAAUGACUCGAUUUGUUGCGCUUGUUUUAUUACCAGCAUUUGUAUUGGGUUGCUGUCCUCCAAAACAAUGGAGAGGUAUGGUGUUUGUAGAUUAUUCCAUGCGGGGUGCUGAUGGCAUGGAUCACCGGUCUGAGAUUUCAGAAGGUCUGAUUUACGAUCAAACAGUUAGGAAGUUGUUUGCAAACCAAACAAUAAACGUUGACGGGGGACCUGAAUUUCACCAGACAGCUUUACUAGACUUUAAUACGGAUAUAGAAUACUUAGUCCGGGAUAACAAGUGUACGAAGAUGAAUAUUACAACCAUGGAACCAGGGUGUAUACCAAAUAAUGCAACUGUAAUAAAUCAUUCGUACAUGGGUGCUGGAGCAGCUAAGGUUAAAACAACAAUGUAUAGAUUUCAAUAUGAACAAAUGUUGGUUUACCUGACUGUCGCAGAUGAUGGCUGUGUUCCAAUACUUUACGAGGGUGCAGGAAUGAACCAAAAAGGAGAAUCUGUUAAAAUGGGUAUACAGUAUAUGGGAAUUGAAGCAGUUGCGUCUGAUCCAUCAGUAUUUAGUUUACCAGCCAGUUGUAGUAUGCUGUGAUGUGUUAAGUGUAGUGAUUGCUGAGUGAUUAAUACGGGUAUACCUUUUUCGAAUAAAAUUAACAAAUAUG